GCGUGUUUCACUUCCGCCGUUAAAGGAGCCGCGUCGCGGAGGAACGCGGCGGGGGCUGCGCAGCGGGCGGGGGUGCGGGCGGCCCCUUUAAACUAUGCGCGCGGCGCCAUGCAAUGGCGGUCGCUGCUGCUGGGGCUGCUGCUGCUGAGGCUGGGGCUGCAGGUGCUGCUGGGGCUGCUGCCCGUUCUGGCGCCCGGCCUGUGCCUGCGCCGCCGCUUCCCCUUCCCCUUCCCGCCGACACCCGCCGCGCUCGGCCCGCCCGGCGCCGCCGCCGGCCCCGGCUCCGCGCACUGGGGCUCGCUGCUGCGGCAGGGCGGUGGCGGCGGGGCGGGCGGUGACGAGUACGAGCGGCGGUACAGCGGCGCCUUCCCGCCGCAGCUGCGGGCCCGGCUGCGCGACGCCGCUCGCGGGAUGUUCGUCUUCGGCUACGACAGCUACAUGCAGCACGCCUUCCCGCGGGACGAGCUCGACCCCCUGCACUGCCGCGGCCGCGGGCCCGACCGCCAGGACCCCUCCAACCUCAACAUCAACGACGUGCUGGGGAACUACUCGCUGACGCUGAUCGACGCGCUGGACACGCUGGCGGUAAUGGGAAACUCCUCAGAAUUCCAGAAGGCGGUGAAGUUGGUGAUUGACACAGUUUCAUUUGAUAAAGACUCAACAGUCCAAGUUUUUGAGGCAACAAUCAGAGUUUUGGGGAGCCUGCUUUCUGCCCACAUAAUAAUUACAGAUACUAAACAGCCUUUUGGUGACAUGACCAUUAAGGAUUAUGACAAUGAACUGUUGCAUAUGGCUCGUGAUCUAGCGGUGAGACUGCUUCCAGCCUUUGAGAACACCAAAACUGGAAUUCCAUACCCUCGGGUCAAUCUGAAGAAGGGAGUACCUCCAGACGGCAACAAUGAAACGUGUACAGCAGGAGCCGGUUCCUUGCUGGUGGAGUUUGGUAUCCUGAGCCGGCUGCUCGGCGACUCCACGUUUGAAUGGGUGGCCAGGAGAGCUGUAAAAGCGCUCUGGAAUCUCAGGAGCAAUAACACUGGACUGCUAGGCAAUGUUGUGAAUAUUCAAACUGGUCAUUGGGUUGGAAAGCAAAGUGGAUUGGGAGCAGGAUCAGAUUCGUUCUAUGAAUACCUUCUGAAGUCUUACAUCCUCUUUGGUGAAAAGGAAGACUUGGAGAUGUUCAAUGAUGCUUAUCGGAACAUUCAGAACCACUUAAGAAGAGGUCGAGAAGCUUGCAAUGAAGGUGAAGGUGACCCUCCUUUGUAUGUUAACGUCAACAUGUUCACGGGACAGCUGAUGAACACGUGGAUUGACUCCUUGCAAGCCUUUUUUCCUGGACUACAGGUGUUGAUAGGAGAUGUGGAAGAUGCUAUUUGUCUACAUGCUUUUUAUUAUGCCAUAUGGAAACGAUAUGGAGCUCUCCCAGAAAGAUACAACUGGCAAUUGCAAGCACCAGACGUUCCGUUCUAUCCAUUGAGGCCAGAGUUAGUGGAAUCCACAUAUCUCCUUUAUCAGGCCACAAAGAACCCAUUUUACCUUCAUGUCGGAAUGGAUAUUCUGCAAAGUUUGGAAAAAUAUACAAAAGCAAAGUGUGGCUAUGCCACGUUACACCACGUUGUUGAGAAGACAAAGGAAGAUCGAAUGGAGAGCUUUUUUCUCAGUGAAACAUGUAAAUAUUUGUACCUGUUGUUUGAUGAAGAGAAUCCACUGCAUAAAUCUGGAAAUAAGUAUAUGUUUACUACUGAGGGACAUAUUGUGUCUGUGGACGAACGUUUUCGUAACUCACUGUGGCAAGACAUCCUCCCUGGAGAAGGGGACAGCACAGGAAAAAUUAAACCUAACGAAUUAAAGGCAGUCAACUUCAGUUCUAACUGUAACAGAGUUCCUGAUGAGAGGAGAUACUUACUGCCAUUGAAGAGCAUCUACAUGAGACAGAUUGAUCAAAUGGUGGGCUUGGUCUGAAUGGUUCUUCAGAGUAUCUUCUAUCGUAUGUCAGGAGGAGCAUGAGAUUUGGCUGUAGACAUUCCUUGCCUCUUCAGCUACACACCUGCAUAUGCUGAGUCACCUGGGUAUCCCCCAGACUUGCUAGUUUUAAAUUAUGGACAUGAAGAGAAAUCAGAUUCUCGUAUGAGUUUGGUCUCCUGAACUGUGGUAUCUCCAUGUGCCACCUGAAUAGAGAUUUCUUGUUUUAAGACUUCCUAUGAAAAAUGUUCUUGCAAAUGAAGGCUGAAUAUACUUAAAAAAAGAAAAAAAAAAAGACAAUUGGCAUGUGCCACUUAGCUACCUCUCUGUAGCUGCAACAAAUGUCCCUUUACAAAAGGGUCUAGUAUUUAAUUUGAAAUAAUCUUGGGAUUGGGGAAGGAAUGGGAAAGUGCAAUUCUUUAUGCCAAGUUUAAUCAGUGAAUUAUUCUGACUAGCAAUACACGACCUUAAGUACUACUCAGGUAGGAACCCACUGGUAAUGGGUUUUGCUGAAACAAAAACGCUGUAUCUAGAAUAGUAUCUUGAAAAGAUAACUCCUGAUCAUAUAAGAAGCUAUCAGUAUAGUCAUGAUGUCCCUCAUAAACGCAGUUGUAUAGAACUGCACGGUCACAAGACCCUGUGCCUGCAGAAACCAGUAAUAAAGCAAAUCAGGUGCCUUUUUUUGUAGGGUAGUAGGGGGUGGGGAAGGGGAAAUUGCAAAGCUACUCAGCUGUCCAAGCUGCUAACUUUAUAUAGCUUAGCUGAGUUCCAAAAGUUUUGUUGUUUGCCAUAUAUCUAGUGCCUUUUCAGAAGAGAUGCUGCUAAGAACUGGCAUAACAGUACAUGAAGAACAAACUAUUUCACAUUCCUGACAGCAUUAAUAUGUUAGUGCCUUACGUAUUCUUCACUGGCAGGGAAAACUGAGCUUGCUUGGGAAGGUGGUUAAAGUAUUUCUGCUUAGCUGCUUACAAAGUACAGUGAAUCCCAAAGUAACUUAAAAAAUAACUCACGUACGAGAUGACUUUCUUUAAGAUACUGGAGGAAUAUCCUCUGUUGUGCCCAUCCUAAAUAAUAUUUCUGGGCUGGAUUUAUGCUGUGUCAGUGUAGUGAGUAACAGGGCUGGCUUUGCAUCAUGGUGGGGAUGGAGUUAGCAGCAGCCUGGCCCUGCAGCGGGCUCACCUCCCUCUGCACCGGACGGGUUGGUGCACGCUGUGCUGACAGGGUGGUGGCUGCAGUGCCAGGCGGUGCUGACUGUCACACUAUACAGAACCCGUGAACUGGGCCUCCUGGGUGCACUGCGGAAUGGUGAGAACCUGCUGGUGCUUCAUCCCACCAUCUUGAAACGCAGCUUGGAUGUGUUUGGGAAAUAACUGUCUGUGAACUUCUAGGAAGAAGCAGUUAAAUUCAGGCAGGACUGUUGAGGGAUGAAAACAAACCAAGGCCAAAACAACCUAUUCUAAAUAUAACAGGGUUUUUUUAAGUGUCUUCCCAUUGCUUACAUACUUUUUACUUUUGACUACAGUUGAAGUAGUUGAAUGUUACUGUUGGUUUAAUUAUUUUUAAGUUAAGGCUUAAAUAUAAAGGCAAACUUGAUCUGCUGUAUUUUCACCUUCUUAUGACAACAUCGGUUUUCAUAAACCAUAUGUUGCAACUCAAAACAUUUCUAAUAAAUAUGAAGUUAGUGCCGAAGAGGUUGUUGUUAGAAUCUUUUAGUAUACAGAUGUAUCUCAGGGACUUCAUUGUAGAAUCUUCUAUUCCAUGAUAGAUGGAUCUUGUAUUAAGCCAAAACAAUAAUAAUCCUGUCUUCUUAGUUUUAUUGUGUGUGUUUUAAGGGGAGGAGGGUUGAAGUGGGGAGAGGGAAAUAUGUUAAGAUUUCCCAAAACAUUGCAAUAGAGUCAGUUGCCUUGAUGUUGGAGGCAGGUGGCAAUUCCAACUCCUGUAGAAUUGGCUUUGCAAACCUAUUACUGGAAUGUCUUAACUACCUGUUUCAAAGCAGAACAUGAAUUCAGGGUGUUAUGAUCCAAAGAGGUAUUGAGAAAGGUUCAAGAUAAAGCUUCUUAACCAGUAGACAUUGCCUGGGCAUGCAGGUUUACUUCAGUUUGUAAACAUGUCAAGAAGAGCAGGAGUAAAGGGGUGAUUUCUGCCAUACAAGGGAAAGGAAAAGUAUCUGGGCUUUCUGAAAUGCUGCAUCUGGGCCAGAUGAUAGUUCUGAAAUGAGAAGUGCUGGGUAGCAUGGAAGCCACACGCAGCAUUCCACAAGCACCCAUUUAAAAUCAUGGCGUAGCAGGUGCCGGGAUGAGUGUUACCCGAGGUGUGUUUCUGGCUGCUUCUGGUGAGGAUUUUUUCCCCAAUGUGGAGUAUACUGUGCGAUAUAUUCGUUGGGAUUGCCUCAGUGUUUUGUGCCUCUAAAGCACCUGAACCUGGCAAUGGUUCCAGCCCAGUGUUAUGCACAGAAAUCUGUUUCAGAGUUUUUCUCAGAGAAUUACAGAACUAUAAUGAAGUUGCACAUUCUAGUUGUCAAGCACACAGGACUAAACAACAACUAGUGUGAUAUGUUUUUCUACACCUCAGCUGCAAGUCACUUGAGUGUGUUUACAAUCCUUCUCGCCGGUCUUCCCUUGUAUUCCCACAGUCAGCUUUCCAUCGGAACAGUUUUUGUCUUCAAAGAGCCUGGUGCUGACUACGUGGUAAAAGACUUUGUGUUCUUUAAGGAGCCAGCUUUUCUUCCUCUUUGUUUUAAAAAUGCUUUGAUACGUUUUUAGUCUGUAAUGACAGGGCACAUGUUAUGCACUAAAAUUAAAACUUUUGUAUAAGUCAAUGAUAUCAAAAUGAAAUUGAUAACUGCUGGAAUAACUUGCUGAAACAGACUUUUGUAUUCCUUGGUAUAAUGUGCAAUAUCAAAUUUUCCUAAUUAAAAAUUCAAUGUAUGCUUAA